AUGACGGAAACUCUGCAAGGGCUCGAGGGUGUGGCUAUAUACAUGGGCGAUGUACUGAUCUAUGCAAACUCUGAGCAGAAACAUGACGAAUGCCUGGGGAAUAUGCUCAAAGUCAUUGAAGAAACAGGCAUCAAGAUCAACAAGGACAUGUCCUCUGCCAUGCGGCGCCGCUGGCUUAUGGUGCCUCUGCUCAUGCAGGUGUGGCUGGCAGCAUCUCCGUCCCUCAGCGAGCGUCCAUGCCCCAAGAGCUGUCGCUGCGAUGGGAAAAUUGUCUACUGUGAGUCCAGCGGUUUUCGCGAUGUGCCCAAGAACCUCUCAGGGGGCUGCCAAGGCCUGUCAUUACGCUACAACAGUCUGGUCAGUCUCAGAGCUGGACAGUUUGUGGGCCUCAACCAGCUCAUCUGGCUCUACUUAGACCACAACUACAUUGCCUCUGUAGACGUACUGGCCUUCCAAGGCGUCCGAAGGCUCAAGGAGCUGAUCCUGAGCUCAAACAAGAUCACAAUGCUCCACAAUACCACUUUCCACCCUGUACCCAACCUCCGCAACCUGGACCUGUCUUACAACAAACUGGCGUCUCUGCAGCCGGGCCAGUUCCAGGGCCUCCGCAAGCUCCUCAGCCUGCACAUGCGCUCCAACUCCUUGAAAAGCAUUCCUGUGCGUCUGUUCCAGGACUGCAGAAACCUGGAGUUCCUGGACCUGGGCUACAACCGCCUGCGCAGCAUCACACGCAACGCCUUCUCAGGCCUGCUGAAGCUGACCGAGCUGCACCUGGAGCACAACCAGUUCUCCAAGAUAAACUUUUCCCACUUCCCACGCCUCUACAACCUGCGGGCGCUAUACCUGCAGUGGAACCGCAUACGCUCCAUGAGCCAGGGCCUCACCUGGACCUGGACCUCCCUGCAGAAGCUGGACCUGUCUGGCAAUGAUCUGCAAGAGGUGGAUGCUACGGUCUACCAAUGCCUGCCCAACCUUCAAACACUCAAUCUGGAUUCCAACAAGCUGACCAACGUGUCCCAGGACACCGUGUCUGCCUGGAUCUCUCUGACCACCAUCAGCCUGGCGGGGAACGUGUGGGACUGUGGCCCUGUGGUCUGCCCCCUGGUGGUCUGGCUGAGGAACUUCAAGGGGAACAAGGAGAACAACAUGAUCUGCGCUGCCCCCAAGGAAGCGCAGGGAGAGAAGGUCAUGGAUGCUGUUGACACCCACAGUGUGUGUCGGGAUAACGCAAUCACACCCCUCACGGCCAGCGCCCCACCCACACCAUCUAAUGACCCAGACCAGACAGAGCGCCGCCCAGUCUACCCCACACCACCCACGCAAGGCCCUACGUCUCCAGCUGUCACCUCGGUCGUGGCGCCACCACCUGAACAGUUUGAGCCUGUGUCCUUUCACAAGAUAGUGGCGGGGAGCGUUGCCCUGUUCUUGUCUGUGGUGAUGAUCCUGUUGGUGAUCUACGUUUCGUGGAAGCGCUAUCCUAGCAGUGUCAAGCAGCUGCAGGAGCACUCGGCCGCAGCUCGCAAGCGCCGGAAAAAAGCCAGAGAGACGGAGCGCACGCUGAGUUCCCCACUGCAGGAGUACUAUGUGGACUACAAGCCCACCAAUUCGGAGGCCAUGGACGUGCUUGUCAAUGGGACUGGCUCCUGCACCUACACCAUCUCAGGCUCCAGGGAAUGCGAGGCCCCGCACCAGAUGGGCGCCCUAACAUACUACCGGUAUGAGCAGCCUAUCGUGGACUACUGCCAAGCCCAUCAGCCCCUGCGGCUCAACAUGGGCUACGAGGGCCCCCCGCAGGGCUUGGAGGAGCUGGGGCCACGCGAGAGGGCCACCAUACAGACUGUAGCGCUGCCCACUGUGCCCUCUGCCACCAUGGGGGUGAGGGCCAGGCCCCGCUCACCGCCCUCUAUCCUCAGAGUCCCGUCCGAGGGCACCGGUGGUCCCUUCCCUCCCCCAGAGCGCACCACCACGCUCACCUUUGGACGCUAA